AUGGCGAAUCGCAAACUCAAAGGCCCCUCGCACUUUUGCGAGUGGGUAGUUGGCACAACCAUCGAAUCUGCCCUCGGUCCUAUCCCUAAAAGCAAACCCCCCAAGAACAAGAAACGAGAAGUCGUGCGUGUUGAAGUUACUACCGAUGAUGAGUCUGAGGAAGACACCGUCAGGAUCACCUACCCUCGCACCGGACGCAACGUUCCUCCCUCUCCCCCUGACCCCGAACCGGAAUCUGAGCCCGAACCAGAACCUGCUCCUGUGGUUACCGAAGCCAAGACUGUGAUCAAGAAAGUCCGCUUCGAAGAUGGGCCUGUAAAAUCUGCUUUAAAGCAAACCGUCAUCACUACCCCAUUCGAGUCUUCUGAUGAGACAUCUGAAUCUGAGCCAGAAUCGGAUUCCAGUCAGUCUGAAAAUAUUUCCAGUUCUGAUGCCACUGAUUCUGACGCUGAGAGUUCAGAAACCUCUCCCAAGAAAAAGAGAAAGAAGAGAAAGAAGAAGAGACAGAAGCAGAAACAAAUCGAGGCUGAUUCUGAGAGCGACUGGGACUCAGAUCCAGACCCGACUUGUAAGUGUCACAAAUGCGUCAAGGGUCGAGAGAUAUUGAGGAGGAUAGGCAAGAAAAAGAGCAAGGAGUAUACCCCCCCUAGCCCUGAGAAUUCUGAGUCCGAAGCAGAAGAACCCCCCAAGCACAAUCAACAGACUGCAAAGAAAAAGAAGAAAGGCACGAGAUGGAUGCAUGAGCCAGAACUGGACUCAUAUGCCUAUGAUUCUGCUAAAGACACCUCUGAGUCUGAAUAUGACACUCCACCACUUUGGCAACAGCGGCAAUUCAACAGAAAACAGUCCAAGAAACAGGGUAAACAAAAGGGUAAAAAGCAACAAGAGCCAGUGUCCGAACCCGAAACAUCAGAAUCCGAACCGGAGCCUCCCUGGAAGGGCUGGAAGAACAAGAAGCAACAGCAAAAGACCAAUGCCAAAAAGGCUGGCAAGAAAGGCAAAAAGUUUGCUCCGGAUCCAGAACCCGACGAGACUGACGGAGAAAGCUCAGAAUCGGCUAAAGAAACAGAAGACGAGGUCGAGCUAGAAGAGGAACCCGAGCAACAAAGCAAAGGCAAACAGAAGAACAACAAGAAACAAGGUCCCAAGCAAGCUUCGAAGGCAAACAAGCAGACAAACAAGAAGAACAAGAAGCAAAAGGCCGAUAAGAAAGCGAAUAAAGAGCCGGAGGAUCCCAAAGAAGCAGAAGCUGAAGAGAAGACUUCUGAGGGUACCAAAGAACAAGACCAAGGCAAGUUCAGGAAGAUGAGAGGCAAAGAAAAGGCACAGCCUAGAUACAAGGAUGGAGUCAAGAAGGGCAAUUAUCCCGAAGGACUUCCAGGCCCUCACAUGCGUCGCCCUCAGUUGAUCGAACCGAUCCGGGCUCAAGUUGUUCAGACAGAACGCGUGAUCGAAACUCCAGAAGAUCCAGCACCAAAUGCUUACUACGAUCCAGAACACAACGUCAUGAGGGUCUAUCAUGGCCCCGUCUACGGAAACCACCAGAGCAAUGCUCUCUACCCCGACCGCAAUGGUUUCACUCGCCCCUUACCCAUGGGAACACCCCAUCCUAUGCACAAUCCCUUCUACUAUGGCUUCAACAACCCGAAGGAAUACCCCCACUACGCACCUAUGUCGCCAUACCAUCAGCAAUACGCAGGCGUUCCGCCCCCAGAUGCCUAUUCUCACGUGCCAAUCACUCAAGGAAUGUCCCAUCCUCCCUGGUAUGCUAUGGGUGGCCCACCAGGUCCUCCUCCGGGUCCUCCUCAAGCCCCAGCCAGUUACGGACCAAAGACUGCGCCAGCUUCCAGCAAAGACAAAGCCAGUCAGAACAACAACGUUGGACCACCAAGUCUCACUGGAAAGGAUAACCCGUAUCUGCCCAAGAAAUACAGACAGUGCGGUGCAUGGGGUAGUCAAGGAGCCCGGACCGCUUCUAAAGAACACAGCCAACCAUCUGGUUCUGUCAGAGCUGCGUCGAACACUUGGGGCGGUAGCAACAACAAUGAUCAAGGAAACACUUGGGACAGCAACAACAGUAAUGAUCAAGGGAACAAUUGGAACAGCAGCAACAAUAAUGAUCCAGGAAGCAGUUGGAACACCGAAGGAGUUGACGACCAGAAUACCCAGAAUGACCAAGUGGAUUGGGGUACUACCGGUCAAGACAACAGCAAUGGCAACAACGUCGGCGGCGGCGAUGAACAGAAUAACACUUGGGGAAACAAUACCAAUGAGAACCAGGCAGUAACUGAUUGGAAUAAUGGGGACAAUGGCGGUACUCAAGAGACGGCUCCGAAUAGCCAUUGGGACCCCGUACAGCGAGCUGGAUGGAGCACUGGAUCGAACAAGAGCAACGAAACUGUCGUCAAGGGAGCCCACUGGGGCAAUGAUACUUUCCCAGGUGCUAGUGGUGACUGGGACCACUCGAAGGAUGGUGUGAGCAGUGUUGGGCAAGGCGCAGACAACAACGUUGGUGUUUGUGGAGCCAAUGAUGGGAACGCAAAUGGGAACGAAAAUGGGAACAGGAACGGGAAUGGCCAACCUGCCUCUUCAGCAGGAGACGACCCCGACAACGUUAUGCCCGGCACUUGGGUAGAGACUCCGGCCGUCACUGCACCUUGGGGCGAUCCCUCUGCAGCACAAGACACAAAUGGUGCAGCCGAUGUUUGGGGGUAUGGUAUCCGCAAAAUCAAGGAUGCUAUGACUGACUGCCUCCUCUUCUUACACACAACCCCAGACAUGAGAAAACUCGACUUUUCCUUAGAUUUGAGUCAAGUUAUCUUCCUCCUCUUCUUCUGGGCCCAAAAGGUCAAUAUCUUGAAGCUUUUGCCUCGUAAAAUGCGCCGUAAUGCCAUGAUACAAACCAACCCGCCCUAG